AUGGCGUUAGGUGGUGGAGUCGUGUUUGAAGACUUCUUUCCAGUCAUGGUGGAGAGGUUGGGAGCAGAAGGGUUCAUGAAGGAGCUGUGCAACGGGUUUCGGUUGUUAAUGGACGGAGCGAAAGGUAUGAUCACAUUCGAGAGCUUGAAGAGAAACUCUGCAUUGCUGGGGUUGCAGGACAUGAGUGAUGAAGACUUGAGGUGCAUGCUGAGAGAAGGUGAUCUGGAUGGUGAUGGGAGUUUGAAUGAGAUGGAGUUUUGUACUCUCAUGUUUAGGUUGAGCCCUGCUUUGAUGCAAACGUCUAAAGACUUGAUGGAGGAAGCUCUUGCUUUUGAGUUCUAG